UGGUGUUGGUGAAAGCUUUGAAAUUGAGAGCUUUAGCAGAAUGGGAAGAAUGAAUUCACGCGUCACCAUUCAAAUAGACCUAUCUACAUUCAUCGAUUCUCUUCAACGACGCUCUCUUUCGUUAAUAACUUGGCUGCAUUCAUAUUUUGGGGCAAAUUUUUCUACAUAGUCUGUUAAAAUAAAGUAUUAUCAAGCGGAUUGGACGAUAAGAUCAGCUGAACAUGUUUUUGGAGCCGAGUUAUUAACGAAAGAGAGAGUCGUUGAAGAGAAUCGAUCAAUGUAGAUUGGCCUAUAUGAAAAGUGACGCGAUAAUUUUGCUCAGAAACCUGUAUCCUCGGCUCACAGUAAGGGCGCUUGCAUCCAGUGCAAACCAAAAAUGAAGAAGCACCAGAACAAGACGGUGGGCAGCGGAGCCUCAUCUCAAUCCUCCGAUGGACCGAAUGCUUCCGCCAGCAUGACGGCGACGGCAACGACAACCACGUCCAACACAUCAUCGGCUGUUAGUAAUUGGAUUUCUCCAGGGCAAGACCCGACCAGGAUUAGUCCGUCUCCUGUACCUUUUCAACCAUAUGUCGGCCAGCGAGGAUCCAAAGGAGGGAUCGUCGUAGAUGGUUACAUAUUUCAGGUAGACAAAGCAACAUCCACCAGCACUUACUACAAAUGCGCGAACAGAUCCGCUUGCCGUGCCCGAUUCGUCGUAAGGGCUGCGAUUGGUGUGUACACGAAUAGGGACCAUUCGCACCCAAACCAUGGACUACAAAUUGCUAAAUCGGAGCUUAAGCACGCACUGAAGGAAGCAAGCUGUACAAGCUUUGAAAGUUACAGAGCAGUAUUCGACAGUGUCUGCAACAGGCCAGAGCACCGUAAUGCAGCUCCAAACUUAGUCUAUAGUGCAGUCCAAGGGUCCAUGCGGAACGCCAGAAGUCAAUGCUUCCCAAGGACACCGAAAUCUGCCAGCGAUUUUCACUACCUGAUGAUGACGGAAAAAGCGGCUGGCUUGCGAACUAUCUACGGCGAAACGUUUUACUACGGCUGUGUGGGAGAAGGCAAAAUCACGCUCUUUUUUGUAGUGCCUGCCACUAUUAACGCGUUGCGAGAGGCUCAAUCGACGGUAUUGUUUUUUGAUGGCACUUACAAGACGAGGCCGUCAAUGUUCUGCCAACUUUUUAUGGCAUACGCGGAAAUUGGCGGCAAGGUCUUUCCGUUGGCGUUCAUGCCAUCGGAGAUUGCGUCCCCGAGCGUCGAGCAAUACGUAGAAAUUUUAAAAAAACUUCUCACUGUUAUUCCGCCGGUAACAGUGACCGGAACUUGCAGCGAUUUUGAAAAAUCGCUAAUCAAUGCUUGCCGGGCGGUUUUCAAAAAUGCGACGCACCAGGGAUGCCUAUUCCAUUUUAAGCAGGCGGUCAGGCGGUACAUAAUAAAUAAAAUGGGGGUACAGCAAAGUAAUGCGGACUACGCAGAGUACCGCAUUGCAAUGCAGCUCCCCCAUUUGCCUGCGGAUAAGAUAGCCGAAGGCGUUCAAAUCGCUAUCCGCCAUAUUAAAGGCAAAACACGCGAUCGAGAAGCAGCAGAGUCGUUCGAAAAUUACCUCCGCAUGCAGUGGCUCCGGAACAUAAACCCGCACGUGUAUUCAACAUAUCACGUGGAACACACGUCCAAUAAUGCAGCAGAAUCUUAUCAUUCCAAAAUGCUUCGCGAAAUUGGAGUGUCACCAGCUGCGUGGAUUUUUGUUGAAAAAAUCAUUGCGAUGGCGAAAACGGUAAGCUAUGAGAUCGGUCGUGUGCAGAGUCUGCCGUACCGACGAGAACAGAGCGACCGGCAGAAACUGGUAUUGAAGUGCACCCAUAUGUACGACAGUGAUGGUGACAUUCUUAAAUUUCUUAUUUCUUUAAAUACAAGCACUAAGAAUUUUGAGUUUGGUUGCAUACCAGUAGUGGAAAACGAGGCAUUGGAAGCACUAGAAGGCUGCAUCAUAUGCACAAAGAGUGCAUCGAUUUCGCUUGCGCCAUGCAUGCACAAACCCUAUUGUGGGGUUUGUGCAUGGAAAGCAGUAGCCAACAAUAACAAUUGCCCAAUAUGCGAAUCGCCGUGGAGUGGGCUGAUAAAGGAUGCUGAGAUAGCGCCGAACUUGCCAUGCAAGACUUCCGAUCGUCAUUCGCUCCGCAAGACCUCGCAUGCUGACCGCUCCGCAAGACCUCCGCUUGCCAACCACUGCUUGCCAUCCGACCGGCAAGACUUCCGCAUGCCGACUGCUCUGCUAGAUAGCGCCGAACUUGCCAUGCAAGACUUCCGAUCGUCAUUCGCUCCGCAAGACUUCGCAUGCUGACCGCUCCGCAAGACCUCCGCUUGCCAACCACUGCUUGCCAUCCGACCGGCAAGACUUCCGCAUGCCGACUGCUCUGCUAGAUAGCGCCGAACUUGCCAUGCAAGACUUCCGAUCGUCAUUCGCUCCGCAAGACCUCGCAUGCUGACCGCUCCGCAAGACCUCCGCUUGCCAACCACUGCUUGCCAUCCGACCGGCAAGACUUCCGCAUGCCGACUGCUCUGCUGGAUAGCGCCGAACUUGCCAUUGUUAUUCGCUCCGCAAGACCUCCGCUUGCCAACCACCCGGCAAGACCUCCGCCUGCCAACCACCCGGGAAGACCUCUGCUUGCCAUCCGCCUGGCAAGAAUUCCGCAUGCCGACUGCUCUGCUGGAUAGCGCCGAACUUGCCAUGCAAGACUUCCGAUCGUCAUUCGCUCCGCAAGACCUCGCAUGCUGACCGCUCCGCAAGACCUCCGCUUGCCAACCUCUGCUUGCCAUCCGACCGGCAAGACUUCCGCAUGCCAACUGCUCUGCUAGAUCUGGCAGACUUCCCAUUGUUAUUCGCUCCGCAAGACCUCCGCUUGCCAACCACCCGGGAAGACCUCCGCCUGCCAACCACCCGGGAAGACCUCUGCUUACAAUCCGCCUGGCAAGACUUCCGCAUGCCGACUGCUCUGCUCUGAACAUGCAUUAAUAAGCAAUUUUUAUAUAGUAGUUGUAGAUUAGUUGUAGUUGUAAAUAGUAGUUUUAAAUAGUAGUUUUCCAAUUUCAAACAAACCAAUCCCACCAAGGUGGUCUUUCUCUGAACAGGACUGAUAGGACUAGGAAAUCAAAAUUAUAAUUAAAAAAUUCAAAUUAAAGUUGAAAAGACGCAUCUGUGUCACUUGAA